GCCCCGCCCCGCCCGGUGGUGACCUGUCUGGUGUGUCGUCUUCCCCGCGGCAAGCCAAGCCAAGCCAGCGAUCGGUCGCCUGGUCCAAUCCUCAGCCCGGCCGGUUUCACCGCUCCCUUCUCCACCGCCUUUCUGUCCUUGCCCUCUUCUCCCGCUGCAACCACCUCUCCCAACCCUAGCUAGAGGCCUCCUCUCCCCCGGGGCGGCCACGGCUUUCGGAGCCGCAACUCCUGCCCAUGGCGCAGAUCGAGCCCGUGUUUGACCAAGGAAUGGAUCCAUUUCUUGCUAGGCUGACCAUACCAGCAGCCAACACUAGCCAAUCCCGAUGUACACCUCACAAUGGUUUGUCCUUGCUCGAUCAGCCUUCUCUCGACACACCCUCGUCUUUGGAAGGUUCACCAGUGCCACCACCGCCAUCCUUGUUCUCCUGCAAUUGCAGCUGUGAUAUCGGAAGCAACUUUGAGGCGUUUGCAACUGUAAUGUCGCGGCUACAUCAACACCUUCUGGAUGCAGAUGCAGAGAUCAAUUACACAGAGUACUUAGAUUUGAUGAAACUGGAAGUCGAUCAACAGCUUAAUAGGCUCAAGGAGGAUAUGAUGCUCUUGAAAAGCCAUAAUUUUGUUCAUGACAGUGAUGCAGAUGUUUCAUGCCCUGUGAUAUGCCGUCAUGGAAAGCCAAUAGUAGAGAUAGAUGAGGGGUUCAAUGACCUAAAGCUACUCUUGAUAGUGGUGUUCCGGCAAAUUAAGGACAUGUUGAGCCUGUUCAACGCUUCAAUUCACGAUCUUCAGUGGGAGCAUGACUUGCAAUUAGAGGUCACCGGCAUUAUGAUUGGAGACUGUAUCAGAACUCUUGAGAAUGAGCUAGAGAGGAGGUUUUUUGAACAAAGUUCCAUUGUCAACAGUCUAAGGAAGAACCGGAAGGAAACUGUGGUUCAGUGUGGUGCAAUCCGUCAAGAGUUGAUGUCUAUAUCGGAUAUGCUGUUACCUUCAGAAGAUGAAUCACAUAGUCCCCACAGUAAGCAUGAAAAUCUAGGUAACAGGAGUAACAGAUGGAAAUACAAUCUCUUAAGAAAGAAAACAGGGGAGGAACACUCUGCAUCUUCCAGUGUGGAAACCAAGAAGUCUGCAACACAGAGAUCUGUAAGUCCCAGAGAAGUAAUUUCCGAAAAAUCUGACUUUCGGCAUCUCAGGGGUUCAACUGGGGAAGAAAUCAUAAACUACUUCAGAUCUGAGAUUAGUAAAUUAAAGAGAUUGCAUGAAUUGUACUUACAAGAUAAAACGGAAGAGCUGUUCAAAUUCAAACGAGAGAAGGCGUCAUUAGAUCUUAAGCAUGAUCUAGAAUUUGAGCAUCUAAGAAAGAAAGUUCCUGACAUCAUUUCAAGGGUUGACACAAUCAUUUCUAGUACCAUAAAGGCACCUACAGUUUGCAGCACUAGCGAGGCACUUGAGGAAAAUUGCAGAUUGAAUAAUAAAAUUGAUUCAUUAUACCUUGAAAACCAGCAGCUUAGCGGUUUGCUUGCAGAAAAGAUGAAUGAUAUUAAGGAAUUAUCGUGCCAGAUAUCUGAUGCCAGGAGGGAAAUAUCACUUCGAUUGUCACUUGAAGAACAAAUUAUGAGACAAGUCGGCACCAUUAAAGGAGACUAUGAGGAUCUCUAUGUUGAAAGCACUAUUAGAGAUGAAGUAUACCGAACUGUGACAAGAAAUUUUGUUGACGACUGUAGGACCAGCAUGGAAGAUGCCUCACGGAAUUCUCAAGCAGAAGUGUCCUCACUUGAAGCUAAACUCUCAGAAAGGGAGAAGGCAUUGUGUUUAGCUAAUGAAGAAAAUCAGAAGUUAACAGAAAAGUUGUUGUUACUAGAAAAGGAACACUUCAUCGAAAAUAAUCAUGAAAAUCCAGAGCUAACCAAGCAAGAGAGCGACGAAAUGAUACUUCGUGAUAUCGAGAUGGAGCCUCAUGUAUCAGCAAGAUCAUACUCGAGUACUGAGCAGAGCCUGGAGGAUAAGGAGCUCGUCAAACUGAGCCAGACUACAGAGAUUGCCUCAACUACCUUACAUGAAGUUGAAACAAAAAAGUUGGAAUACAAUGGGUUUCUAGGUAAAAAUGAGCACAUAAUACAACUAGAUUUCAUUCUGGUAUCUAUUAUGGAUUUAUCAAAAGAAUUUGUGGAGAUUGAACAUAAAAUUUCAGGAGACAUCAAAGGAAAUGAGAAAAGGUCAGAUGAUUUGAGGGAUCAAUGCAACCAUGUGGUUCAACAGGCAAUAGUACUAACAAAGAAGGGCCUCUCAUAUAAGCAAAUGCUAGACAGAAGACGGUCCGAGCUUCGAAAAGCUGAAGCUGAGGUUGACAUUUUGGAAAACAAGGUUACUGCACUCCUAAGUAUUGCGCAAAAGAUAUAUGUGACUCUCGAGCAUUAUUCUCCUGUCUUUCAGCAGUAUCCUGGGUUACUGGGUGCUUUCUUGAAGACAUGCAAGCUUGUUGCAGGUCUACGGAAUAAACAAAAGGAUGACUUAAAAGAUGCAACAUAAGUUGGAGCUGCUAGAUAAUGUAGGUUCUAAAUUUUGUUGGGAGAGGCUUAGGAGGUGCUAGAAAGCUAUUGAUGUCAUGAUGGAGUAAACAAUAUCCUACUAAAAGUAUCUGCCCAAAUUGACUAUGCAAAUUGAUAGACAUUACGAAGUUGUGGGUGUCUAUCAGACUGAAUGUUGAAAGCCGGGGGUUAUAAAUAGAAGCUAGGUGCACUGCGCAUAGCUUUCUGAUUUCUAUACGCAUAUGGCUAAACAAAAUGUGAAUACUUUGUUCAGUUGUUUCAUAGUUUGCCACUCUGCAGAUGGUAUAUUCACAUAUUGUAUUGUGUAUGUAUAAGUGAAUAUUGAAUGUCAUCUUUUUGCGAGGGAAUAUUGAAUGACAUUUACGGCAUGCUUAAUUCAUAUAA